UGCAUUGGCAGGUGGAUUCUUAACCAUUGUGCCACCAGGGAAGCCCAAAAUGUGCAUUUUUAACAACCACAUGUGUGAUCCUGAUUAGGGACCAUACUUUGAAAAGCAGUGCAGUUCAUCCUGUGCAUAUUACACAGCUAGGCAAAUAGGUCCAGAGAGCGGAAAGGAUUUUCCUGAGACCAAAGAUUAGAAUUCCAAAAUCCUGCCCUGGAGUUCAGUACUCACCAGUAAACCCCAGCUGAAGGACCUCUAGCUUUUGGUUAAGAAGUGUUUUGAACACCUGCUAUGUACAAGCUAGGGACACACAUUCAGUCACUCAUUAAUUCAAUAAAUGUGUUGAGUGCCUCCAUGCUAAUGCUGGGAGCUAGGGGAUUCAUUUAUUAAUACAUCCAUUCGGGCCAUGUUUUGAGGGUUUGCAAUGUGCCAGACCCUGAGCUGGGCAUUGAGGACAGUGAAGUGAACAAGGAACAACAUGAGGUCCCAUGUCCUUGAGUCCUCACAGGCUAGCACAGACCAGCCUUGGGUCUGGCCCUCUCCCCUUGCCUCCAUCCCCACCCUGUCGCAGCUCCCACCCUACAAGGAGGCAGGAAGGAGGCUGAAGCUGGUGCAGGCAGGGAGGACUGAACUGACCACAGGGACCUUACCCCUAUCUCUCUGUCUUCCCACUUCCUCCCUACCCGUGACCCCCAGGCCUGCUGAUUUUGUGUUUGACUAAAGGGCAGGGAUUGCUGAACCUGCUGGGUGAGUCCAGUGAGUCAGAGGCGAUUCAGGUGGGUGGGCGGGUGGGCAGGAGGGCAAGCAGGCAGAGGCAGAGCCAUUGGCCCUGGGACAAUGGCUCUGACCGUGUGUGCGGUGACUGACAGGGCUGCCGGGCACCCAUGACCUACAGGUGAGGCUCAGCUUGGUGAGGUUUUAUCCAGAAAACAAGGAGAAUUCACUGUGGUCAAGAAGCAGAUAUCGGUGAGGUCACUGUUCCGUUGGCUACACUAUGAGGCUCCACUGGCUGGGGAGUGACUGUCUGUACAGGUGGUCAACUGCAGCCACGUGUUCAGCCCCAGGUCUCUGGGGACGCUGGUGAUAUCCCUGCAGCAGCUACAGACUGCAGGGCAUUUGGUGCUGCAGGAGGCCCUAGUGGAUGAGAAUCUGCGCGUGUCCCCAGUCCAGGUGGAACUUGACCUGAAGUACCAGCCCCCAGAGGGUGAAACUGGAGCCUGGGCAGAAGAGGACUUUGGAGCACCCAUUCGGGACAGCUCAGAGCUGAUCAUUCCCAAUGUGGGCUUCCAGGAGCUGGAGCCUGGGGAGGCCCGGCUCGAGCGGUGGGCAGUGGCAUUGGGCCGCAGGCUAGCUUGAGGAGUAGGUCAGCAGGGCGAUGAGGCCAACAAGCUGGAGCUGGAGCUGGAGGACAAGCCUGAUGUGGAGCUUUCUGGCGUCGCGUUCAGCCCCCUCAAGAGCCGAGCUCUGGGCCUGGCCCGCGGGGAUCCCUUCCAGGUAUCCAGGGCCCAGGACUUCCAGGUGGGGGUCAUGGUGCUUGAGGCCCGGAAGCUGGUGGGAGUCAACAUUAAUCCCUAUGUGGCCGUGCGCGUUGGGGAGCAACGCCGAGUGACCGCCACGCAGCGCGGGACAAAUUGCCCCUUCUUCAACGAAUACUUCUUGUUUGAAUUUCAUGAGACCCGGCUUCACCUCCAGGACUUGCUGCUGGAGAUCACGGUGAGGCGGGUAGGGGUGAGAGGUUUCCGUCAGAGAAGGGGAGAUGCCGAAGCUCCAGGACUAACGCCACUUCCCCAGGCUUUCCAUUCGUAGACCCUCCCCUUUAUGGCCACCCGGAUAGGCACCUUCAGGAUGGACCUGGGCAUUAUCUUCGACCAGCCAGGUACUGAACCCUCCCCUCACUAUGGCCACUUCUAUCAGAAAUGGGCUUCUCUGCACGACUCCCGGGAUACACGCGCCGGGACCAAAGGUUUCGUCAAGGUCACUUUGUCCGUGAGGGCGCGCGGGGACCUGGCCCCUCCGCUGCCACUCCCGGGCCCUGGCCACAGUUCGGACAUCGAGAAGAACCUGCUGUUGCCGCGUCGGGUGGCAGCGGAGAGACCGUGGGCGCGGCUGCGAGUGCGUGUGUACCGCGCCGAGGGGCUUCCGGCGCAGCGCCCCGGCCUGCUGGGCAGCCUGGCCCGCGCCCUGCACGACCAGCGCGUCCUCAUGGACCCCUAUGUGCGGGUGUCUUUCCUGGGGCAGCAGGGCGAGACGUCGUUGCGCGGCGAGGCGACGGCGCCCGAGUGGAACGAGCAGCUGAGCUUCGUGGAGCUCUUGCCGCCGCUGAUGCGCCGCCUUCGUCUGCAGCUACGGGACGACGGGACGCCCCUGGUCGAUGUGGCCCUCGCCACGCACUUGCUGGACCUGAGGCAGAUCUCGCAUCCGGGCGGGGCGGGUGAGCGCAUCUGGCCGGCGCGUGCAGCCUCUGCCUGGGCCCUCUCUGCCCUGGGUCCCGCCCCCGACUGCAAACCCCAUCCUCGCGACCUAGCUCCGCUUAGAAAGGACCGGGGGCUGCAGGAGGUUGAGAGUCUGCAGCGCAGCCCCACUUCCGGGACCUGCACACGGCUGAACCAGGCACUGGAAGAGCUGGUGGCUGGGAGCAGACAGUUUUGCCACGGUGCUGAGCACAGGACAAUGACUCGGCCCAACGCGCUGGAUCUAUACAGAUGCCAAGGGAAACAGCUGGCGUUUAGCCUGAACCGGUUGGCAAAGCAAGGACUGUGGCUCCUUCGGGGCCUGAGACAGGGCAACGUGCAAGAGAAGGUGGCACUGGCCAAGAAGCUCCUGGUGAAACUGCGCUUCCUGGCCCAGGAGCCCCAGCAAUCCCUCCUGGAUGUGCUGGUCUGGAAGCUCAGUGGGCGGCGCCAUGUGGCCUGGGUGGAUCCCGCCCAGGAUGUGCUGUUCUCUGUGGUGGAGGAGGAACGGGGCCGGGACUGUGGGAAGAUCCAGAAUCUGCUGUUCACAGCACCUGGGGAAGCCGCUGGCGAGGUCCGUGCCAAGCUGGAGCUCUUCCUGGGGCUGGAGCUGGGCAAGCAAGCCAAGGCCUGCACCUCAGAGCUCCCCCCGGAUCUGCUGCCUGAGCCCUCGGCUGGGCUGCCCCUCAGCCUGGACCGGGACGACUUCAGCUACUUCCAGCUCCGGGCUCACUUGUACCAGGCCCGAGGGGUGCUGGCAGCAGAUGACAGUGGGCUCUCGGACCCCUUUGCUUGAGUCCUCAUCUCUACCCAGUGCCAGACCACACGGGUCCUGGAGCAGAUGCUGAGCCCUCUGUAGGAUGCCGUGGUGUUUGAUCAGUUAUUCGUGGUGAGGGAGCACCUGCAGGAGGAGCCCCCACUAGUGAUUGUCAAUGUCUGUGACCACAAUAAGUUUGGCCCCUCUGUGUUCCUGGGAAGGACGCUGGCCGCCCUGAGGGUAAAGCUGAUGGAGGACCCUUACCAGCAUCCUGAGUUGCAGUUCUUCCCCCUGAGGAAGGGGCCCCGGGCAGCUGGGGAGCUCAUCGCCACCUUUGAACUCAUUGAACUGGACUACAGUAGUUGACUUGAGCCCUCAGUGCCUAGUGAUGUGGAGCCCCAGGACCUGACCGCCCUGGUUGAGCCCCUCUCCGGACGCCUAUCCCUGCCACCGCACGUGCGCCCGCUGCUUAGGGAGUUCCAUGUUGAGGUACUGUUCUGGGGUCUGAGGGGCCUUGGCCGUGUGCAUCUGUUUGAGGUGGAGCAGCCCCAGGUUGUGCUGGAGGUGGCCGGUCGGCGAGUGGAGUCCGAGGUCCUGACCAGUUACCGUGAGAACCCCAAUUUCACUGAGCUCGUCAGGCAUCUGACAGUGGUCCUCUCUCCCUACCCCCAGGACCUGCCAGAGCAGCCUUAUCUGCGGCCCCUCAGCAUGCUGGUGAUUGAGCGCUGGGCCUUUGGCUGCACAGUGCUCGUGGGUUCCCACAUUGUCCCCCAUAUGCUGAGAGUCACACUCUGGAGUCAGGAGGAUCCCCCUGAGGGGGAAGGAGAGGAGGAGACAGGGGACCUGGUGCCCAAGGUACCUCAAGAACAGAGGUCCCGGGAUCCCUUCUUGGCUGAAGUGGGGAUACUCAGGCGGCUCCUAAAGGCUCUUCUGAAGAAGCUCCCUCUGGGAGGCCUCCUGAAUCAAGGCCCAGAACUGGAGGAGGACAUCCCAGAUCCUGAAGAGCUCGACUGGUGGUCCAAGUACUAUGCAUCUCUGCAGGAGCUCCAGGGGCAGACCAACUUUGAUGAGGAUGAAAUGGAUGAUGUUGGGGAUUCAGAUGGGGGCAAUCUCCUUUCUGUGGAUGGGGAAGCCCAAGACCAGGGUAAGGCUGAAGUCAAAGGCUCUGUGUCCCAGAAAAAAGCAAUCACCACUCUGAAGAUUUACAACAGCUCCCUGGAAGAAGAGUUUAACCACUUUGAAGACUGGCUGAAUGUGUUUCCCCUGUAUCGAGGGCAAGGAGGUCAGGAUGGAGAUGGAGAGGAAGAAGGGUCUGGAAACCUUGUGGGCAAGUUCACGGGCUCCUACCUCAUUUACCCUGAAUCAGAGGCAGUGUCCUUCUCUGAUCCCCAGAUCUCCAGGGGGAUCCCACAGAAUCGGCCCAUCAAGCUCCUAGUCAGAGUAUAUGUUGUAAAGGCUACCAACCUGGCUCCUGUGGACGCCAACGGCAAAGCAGACCCCUAUGUGGUGGUGAGCGCUGGCUGGGAGUGGCUGGACACCAAGGAGCACUACAUCCUCAAGUAGCUGAACCCCAUCUUUGGAGAGGCCCUAGAGCUCAGCAUCUCUCUCCCUGCUGAGCCAGAGUUGACCGUGGCUGUGUUUGAUCAUGACCUCGUGGGUUCUGAUGACCUCAUCAGAGAGACCCACAUUGAUCUGGAAAACCGAUUCUAUAGCCACCACAGGGCGAACUGUGGGCUGCCGUCCCAGUAUGACGUGGAUGGCUACAGUGCCUGGCAUGACGCAUUUCGGCCUUCGCAGAUCCUGGCGGUGCUGUGCCUACCCUAUGGCCUCCCCCCACCUGAAUACCGAGCCGGGGCUGUCAAGGUGGGCAGCAAACUCUUUCUGACACCGCCAGAGACCCUGCCCCCAGGUAGUGGGGACUCCGAGGUGGCAAGUGAGGUCCCUGAGGAGCCCCAGGCAUUGCUGGUGCUGCGGCGCUGGCAGGAGACGCCUGGGCUUGGGAUCCAGCUGGUACCUGAGCACGUAGAAACACGGCCCCUCUACCAUCGCCGCAGCUCAGGGCUGCUGCACCUCUUCCUGUGCCCCCAGGGAUCCCUUCAUGUGUGGAUUGACAUCUUCCCUGGAGAUGUGCCUGCCCCACCUCCAGUUGACAUCAAGCGUCGGCAGCCAAUCAGCUAUGAGCUCAGAGUCAUCAUCUGGAACACGGAGGAUGUAGUUCUGGAUGAUGCAAACCCACUCACUGGAGAGAUGUCGAGUGACAUCUACGUGAAAAGCUGGGCAAAGGGGCUGGAGCUAGACAAGCAGGAGACAGACGUUCACUUCAACUCUCUGACAGGGGAGGGAACUUCAACGCGCUUCGUGUUCCGCUUUGACUACCUGCCCACCAAGCGAGAGGUGAGCGUCCGUUGCUGGCCUGGACCCUUCACCCUGGAGGAAGCUGAGUUCCGGCAGCCGUCUGUGCUGGUCCUGCAGGUCUGGGACUAUGACUGCAUCUCCGCCAACGAACGACUAGGAUCCUUGGAGCUGCAGCUACCGGACAUGGUGCGAGGGGCCUGGGGCCCCGAGCUCUGCUCCGUGUGGCUGGUCCGGGACGGGGCCGGGCCAAGGCGUAAUCUCUUUCGCUGCCGCCGCUUGCGGGGCUGGUGGCCUGUAGUGAAGCUGCGGGUGCCGGAGGCUCAGGCUGGCAAGAAGAAGAGGAAGAAGAGGAAGAAGGGCCGGCCAGAAGACUUAGAGUUCUUGGACUCAGGAGGCAACGUCUACAUCCUCACGGGGAAGGUGGAGGCUGAGUUUGAGCUGCUGACUGUGGAGGAGGCUGAGAAACGUCCAGUGGGAAAGAGGCGCAAGGAGCCAGAGCCCUCGGAGAAGCCCAGCUGCCCCGAAACCUCCUUCAACUGGUUUGUGAACCCGCUGAAGACCUCCGUCUUCUUCGUCUGGCGCCGGUGCUGGCGCAUCCUGCUGCUGCUGGCGGCGCUGAUCACUGUCUUCCUCCUCCUCGUCUCCUACACCAGGCCUGGCCUGAUCAACCAGGUUACCGUCCGCCCCCUCCACUGCCCCUGACUGACCUUGGACACUCAUCCCGUAAUGCCAGCUCCUCAACUCCUGCCCCUGGUGUCCUUCCCACCAAUAGGAACCAUCAUGGCGUUCCCUGCUUUCUCUGUGUAAACCUUACGAGGUAUCCACCCUGUCCCCUGAACACAUGCUGCAUAUAAUAAAUGACACUAGGGGCAGAGAACAGAUGUGUUCUUGGGUGGCCUCGGGCGCAUGAAUGCACAGGAUGGGAGGCUGCCCACGUGGCCCUGCUGCCGGGAAGGACAGGGCCCCGCGGCGGGUCACAGCCGAGGAGCCCUGGCCACCGAGGUGUCAGGCCCUCGAGCAGCCCACCUGCUGCGCCUGCUCAUGCCAGCGGCUGGGUCCCUCUCACCCCAUCUGCCGUGGCUUCUGCUGCUCCAUUGCAGCUAAGCCCUUUAUGUGCUCCGUGAACCUGUACCGACCCUGAGAGAAGGCAGAUCACUUAGGACACUUGACUGCAAGUGACAGAAAUCCUAACCCAAGCUGGCUUAAGCAAAAAGGGAAUUUAUUGGCUUACACAGCUGUAAUUCCCAGGAAUUGGUUGGCUUCAGGUGCUGUUUGUCUCAGGGUUCAAACAAUGUCACUAGGACUGGUUCUCUGCCUGAGCUUGGCACUGCAGUCCUCAGGGGAAGCUCAUUUGCAGACAGGGUCUCUCCUCGGAAGUGCAGGACGGCUGCAGCAACCCCACGUCUCCCCAUACGCAUGUCCGGAAGGAAAGAAAGCUUUCCUAGGCCUGACAGAUGCUAGCUUGCUCUGGGUCACUGGGGUGUGGGUGUGGGAUGGGAUAUGCUGAUUGGGGCCCUCCCCUGGGGCUUAGGGUGGGAGAUCAGCCCUCUUCCCAAAUCACACAAGCAGACAGUGGGCGGGGAGGUUCCCAGAGGAAACCCAGGAUACCUUAACAAGGGGGAAUGGUUCCCGGGUGACCAAAAAAACAAGGCUCACUACAGCUGACAAUAUCACCCGCAAUUCAUAAAUGAGACAAGGGCCCACCAAUAACACGUCCAAGGUCACAGCUCGUAAGUGGCCACAUCAGAGCUGGGUCUCAUGUCCGGCUGCCUCCAGAAGUUUUGCUGUCAUUGCCCUACUCUGCUUUCUGUCCUCCGCUUCUCCCCU